AUGGCACACCUCUCCCUCUCCCCAGCAGCCAUAUUCUCGCCAUCCGUGGCCCGCCAACAUGCCGCUGCAGCCAAAGAUUGGAACUACGUCGACAACUGGCUGUCGUCAAAAUUCAAUGGCAAAACCCCACCCGCCUUCGAGCGCAACAACGAUACUCUGAAAGCGCUCCUCGCCCUCGCAGCUCUCAACGAAAGCGCCGACGAGGAACAAGAACUGCUAGCAAAAGUAGAGGCCAAGUCUCUCCGUGAUCUGCAGGCGAAGGAGGACGCCGGUCCAGAUACCGACCUUCUACAUUCUCUCGAAGACUCCUUGACGCGCGAGGGGGAGAGCAGUCUCGAUGCGCUAUCAUCCUUGAGCGUCGCACUCAAUCAGCCGAUACCUGAUAUGGAGGCCAUGGGACGCAAAAUCAUAGAUUUGCAUGUUGCUUCUCAUGAUAUGGAUCAAACUGUGGACCGCGUGUCGAUUCUCGAAAAGUAUUUGAAAGCCGAGUUGGAGAAAGUAGGAAAUUUGGUCGAAGAACUCCAAGGGGAGGCGUACCAACCGCCUCCAGACUUGAUGAAGCAAACUGUAGAUUACCAGCGGAGAAUUAAAGGCUUGACCUCCAAAUUGCCCGAAUUAAAGGAGCGGGUUGCCUCCUUGGCCGCUGCUUCAGGGACACCCAUCACAAUCGAAGAGAUACAAGCUGAGGAGAUUAAAUACAAGGCUUUGAUGGCUAAGGUUAAGGACCUGGAAACAAAAGUGAAAAGUUAUCAUGGUCUACCACAAGAUACAGAUCUAGCAAGACUUGAAUUGGAAAGUCUCAGGGUGGAGUUGAGGAGUUUAACGCGGAAACGUGAUAGCAUGUUUGAGGGACUUGUAGAAAGAGAAACACCCAGAAAGUGUGGGUAA